CUASCCAGGCGGCCAGAAGCCGAGUGCURUGGUGGCCCCGUGUCACCAGGGUUCGGGUGGCCGCUGUCAGGCUCUGGUCCAGCAGGGAGGAGACAUUCUUUUUGUUAGAAUGCUGUCAUCACUUAAAGAAGAAAUCUGUAUUACUGUAUUACUCUCCCCCGGGGAGUGCGCCUUCAGUGACAGCACCGCUGGGAGACGGCGCUGGGCAUCGGCCUCAGCUCGCCCCCGUGUGAAGCUGGAACGAACUCCUGACAAGAUGGGCCAAAGUAAAUCAUUAGCGUUUAUUGGAGUGCUUCUCCGGUGCCUGGAAAUGAUCUUUACAGCAAACACAGCUCCAGACACACCUGUUAUUGACCAAGCUUAUUCAAAACUUAGCAACAGUAUCACAGUGGAAUGGAAAGCRGUACCUGGGGCUACUAAUUACAUGCUGACUGCACAAGAUGGAGAUUCCUUCGUUGAAACUGUAGUCAAAAAUUCUCCAGGCACAGUGACGGGACUGAAACCUGCCACCUUGUACAGAAUCACUAUCAGAUCUAUAAAUUCAGGAGGRAAAAGCCAGCCUUCACCAUUCAGAAAAGUAAAAACAGUCCUGGCUGCUCCAAUUCUGUCUGUUGGUUCUCCAAGUUGUGACUCCAUUGCAGUGAGCUGGAAAGCUGUGCCUWUGGCAGCUGGAUUCUCUGUGUCAGUCAUGAGAUCAGAUGGUUUGGGCAGAAUGCUGAAGGAGAACACCACCAAUACCUCCUUGGUAUUUACAAAUCUAGAUCCAGGAACUCUUUAUACUAUCAAGGCUUAUGCCUGGAAUGCCAAUGGGAUGCCUGGAGAUGAUUUCACUUAUAACCAAAGAACAAGUCCUAAUGCACCGGGGGAUGUUAAAGUAGCUUUCAACAGCGGUGCUUUAAGAGCUGUCGUCUCUUGGAUGCCAACAGAAGGAGCUCUAAUUUACAGUGUCACAGUCUCCAGUGGACUCCUGAAACUGAGGUGUAACACAUCUUCUGCCUCCUGCAUAGUGCCAUCCCUCCAGUGCAGCUCAGAAUAUUAUGUUUCUGUUACAGCAUAUAAUGAUGCUGGAUCCAGUAAACCUACUGAUGCAGUAAGCUUAAAAACUAUUCCCUGUGCACCAGUAAAUAUAUCAAUUGAGGAGGAUGAACCUGGUCAUUUGCUGGUAUCAUGGUCUAAUGUCAGUUUUGGUCAUUAUUACGUGGUUUUUGUGAAGAGUGAUGAUGGCUUGGAAGUGCACUGCAACACAUCAUAUACUCAAUGCCAUUUCCAGUCGGACUGUGGUUUCACUUAUUUCAUUAGUGUCUUUGCAUAUAACAAGGCAGGCCAGAGUCCUUUAGGUGAUGUGUUCAAUUACACCACCGCUCCUUGCUGUCCCAGUGACUUCAGGGCCGUGUUCAUGUCAAGCGACACCGUGCGGGUCACCUGGGCUCCUGUGCGAGGCGCUGACCUGUACGAGACCAGAGCAACCGGUGGGAGCGGAGUGGUGCUGUGCAAGGACACGGCCACGGCCUGCACCCUAUCGGCUCUGCAGUGCAACACCCCCUACAACAUCACCGUGUAUUCCUUCAGCGAGGCUCGGGGCAGCAACACCUCAUGUGUGCCUCAGUACGUGGCAACAGCUCCCUGCAGUCCUGAAAUUAAAAAUAUCACAAAGGAGGGUCUAUCUGUAAUCAGUGUGCAGUGGCAAUCUAACAAUGAAGAAGCUAUGUACAUUGUCACUGCCAGAGGAGAGGCUGGACUUUGGCAUUGCACAAGCACCGGGAAUUCCUGUACCCUAACGGAUCUUCCCUGUGGAUCUGCUUUCUCUGUUAGUGCUAUAGCAAGAUCACCAGCAGGACAGAGUUUACCAAGCUACAGUGUCCCUUUAGAGACAGCUCCUUGUUGCCCUAAAGAUCUGGUACUAAGUCAAGUGACACAAUCUGUAACCAAUAUCAGCUGGUCUGUUGGGAUGGGUGCACAGACAUAUGUGACAGCACUGGAGUCUCCAAAAGGACAGGCAAAGUGUCACACUCUUCAGACCUACUGUCUCCUGGGAUGUAUCACAUGUGGCACCAACUAYACAGUAUCUCUGAGAGCCAUUAGUGAGACGGGUGUGACAUCCAACUGUACCUAUCAGGGAUAUUCCUCCAGUGCUUGCUGCCCUUCUGGGGUGAAGCUCUAUAGACUCAGGAGCAAUGGCAUAAGGGUGUUUUGGAGAGCUUCUGACGAAACAAUAAACUACAACGCUGAUUUACGUGGCUCAAAGGGCAAUUUCAGCUGUACCCCCAGCUCAGGUCUAAGUCACUGUGAUAUUACUGAGAUACCUUGUGGGGAUGUCUACACUGUGGUGGUGGCUCCAAUGACUGACAAGAGGCCAAAGCUCACGUUUUGUCCUAAAAAAAUAUAUUCAGUAACCUGUUCUGGAAGCUCUGUUGGAAUGGUGAUUUAUAGAGGAAAGAGCACUGCAAAACACAUCUAGAUGAAAAUUCUGGUCCAGAUAAGGAGUCUUUUUUUUCCCUGAAGCUGGAAAGACACAUCCAUGCCUAACUACAACAUUCACAGYUGUUUGAGGACCGGGAGGAGGGAACCUGAACACUAUGCCUAUCUGAGACCUAAUCCAGGSAGGACCUCCUCUCACACUCCACACUGGUUACUUUCUCAGCCAAUAUUGAAAGCAAAAUUCAAGGUCACUGGUUCUACAAAUGUGUAAUUUUACACAGUCUUCAGAAGCUCAUGUGUAUAAAAGUAACCAAAGACAACAGGGUUCUUAACACUAUUUUGAGUUUACAAAGACACAAUCCAUUGUGGAAAUAGCCUUUCUUCAGAGAAUACAUUAGGUUAUUAAGUAUCUCAGCCAAUGCUUCUGAUCACUUGGACAAAAUCUCAUGGGAAUUUCACCCUUCAGCAAGUUGCUUGUAGAUGGCUAAGAAUUAUAUGCUGCUUCYUAGAACAUUAUCUGCAUUUAGUCAUGAUCAAACAAGUCUUUCUUUAGGAAACAUUAUUUAAAACUGCCCUGCAUUAGUUAAUAGAAAGUUGGUUUUAUUUCUCACUUAAUAAAAAUAAUAUAUACAGCUUUCUUCCUUGAGGGUUCUAUUUAAAUAUUUCUUCUUUGCAGACAUCAUUGCCAAACACUGUCACCACAGCAUAACUGUUUAACUGGGUUUUCAGAGAUCUAACCCAAUUGGUUUCUUUUGGAACUACAUUCAAGCCUCAACCAUUCUACUUUUCUCAUAAGCAAUUCUGAUAAUUCCAUGCUCUAAUAGUAACUCUAAYGUACUUUAAGCCCUACAAAACUGUUGGUGUAUGUUUUCUUAAUUCUCCCUKGCAUACAGACCUUAACAGCUCAAUUACACACCACAAACAAUGCUGAAGUACUAUUUUUGUCAGCUCCUCUCACUUUUGUCACUGAAGUGUAAUUGUAUCAGAAUGUUUUAUUUGCAUGUCUGUGGGGGGAAAAAGGGCAAGAAGUGGAAGAGGAGUCACGAUUUCUAGAAAAAACACGUUGAUUCAGCUCUAAAAAAGUGAGUAGCAGAUGAACACAAUUAGUAAAACAGGGAGGAAAAGCAACACAACCAAACCAAGUGAGAAACACACCUCCUACUGUGGCAGUGUGCAACUUAGAGGUGUUGUUACUUAGGCAUUACACAUUGUCUAAUAAUAGUCUAGUAAUUAACACUGCUGAUAAGUGAAAUGACACUGGCAUUCACUGAGCUGUUUAAAAAAAAUGUUGGUCAGGAUUAGUUGCAGGUUCUCUCCAAACUGAGGUAAAUACACUUUCAUGGGUCAUGCUGACUUCAGAUCACAGGAAAGGACAAUUAGAUGUUGUGUUUUUAGAGAUGCUGUUUCUAUACUACUUAUUAGUAUGAAGCUCUGAACUUCAUGAAGCAAAAACAACCCAAACAAUAAAAUUCUCCACCAAACAAACAACAAAAGUCCUACCAAAAAACCCCAAGCAACCCAACCCCAGAAACCUCUUGUAAGAAGACCUGAGAACCAGUAAAAUUGCUGUUGAAAACUUGGAGGUAGGCAGCAAAUUGCUAUGCUAAAAUAGAUGCUUUCAGAGCAGUAUCUGUGUAAUCACUUGGACUAACAGAUUAGGUAAUUGAAAGUCUAGGUUAUUGCACAGUAGAUGCCUUCACUAAUGCUUACUUAAUAAAAAAAUUUAAGUGCAUAACAAUAAAGAUGUACUGGUUGCAAUUACACAAAUAACACAAGCAAAAAAAAGUCUAUUAUUCAAAAUAUACAUUAUUUUUAAUUGUAUCUGGCACAGAAGUAAUAGCUCAAAACUUGUUUUCAAUCCAGUGAAGGAAGUGGCUGAUUUCCGC